AUGCUGUUGGUUAAUGAAGAUUUGACAGAAGAACUCGCGGCUCGAUUGGACUCUCACCGUGUCAGAAAAGAACCACAUGAUCAUGAUGAGGAAGGUUUUGGCAUCGCUCUCUGUUUGGAGAAAGAUUUAAGAGACUCUCUCUUUGGGCAGCACAUUGUGUCUGAUGUUGUACUGAAAGCUGUAACAUCAUUUAUGAAUGACAGCAACCCAAACAAACCGCUGGUCCUCUCUUUCCAUGGGACUACAGGAGUUGGGAAAAAUCAUGUUGCUAAAAUCAUUGCAAGAAAUGUGUACAAAAAAGGGAUCCAGAGCAAGCAUAUUCACACGUAUAUAUCUGAGCAUCAUUUCCCACACAGAACAAAGUUAGACUUAUACAGCGCACAGCUAAAACAGUGGAUUCAUGGAAAUGUAUCAAGUUUUCCCCGCUCCAUGUUCAUAUUUGAUGAAAUGGACAAGAUGCAACCACAGCUGAUCGAUGUCAUAAAACCUUUUCUAGACUACAAUGCCCGUGUCGAUAGAGUGUCAUUCCACAAUGCAAUCUUCAUUUUUCUUAGUAAUGCAGGUGGGAAUGUGAUUGCUGAAGUGGCUCUGGAUUACUGGAGAGAAGGCAAAAAUCGGGAAGAGCUUUGGAUGAACAGCAAGGAAAUGGAGACUAAGAUCCUUCAAAACAUCUUCAACGAUAAGAACAGUGUGUAUUGA